AUGGUGACCGCACUAACUAAACAGUUGAUGGUGACUGCACUAACUAAACAGUUGAUGGUGACCGCACUAACUAAACAGUUGAUGGUGACCGCACUAACUAAACAGUUGAUGGUGACUGCACUAACUAAACAGUUGAUGGUGACCGCACUAACUAAACAGUUGAUGGUGACCGCACUAACUAAACAGUUGAUGGUGACUGCACUAACUAAACAGUUGAUGGUGACUGCACUAACUAAACAGUUGAUGGUGACUGCACUAACUAAACAGUUGAUGGUGACUGCACUAACUAAACAGGUAAUGGUGACCGCACUAACUAAACAGUUGAUGGUGACCGCACUAACUAAACAGUUGAUGGUGACUGCACUAACUAAACAGUUGAUGGUGACUGCACUAACUAAACAGUUGAUGGUGACUGCACUAACUAAACAGUUGAUGGUGACUGCACUAACUAAACAGGUGAUGGUGACCGCACUAACUAAACAGUUGAUGGUGACUGCACUAACUAAACAGUUGAUGGUGACCGCACUAACUAAACAGUUGAUGGUGACUGCACUAACUAAACAGUUGAUGGUGACCGCACUAACUAAACAGUUGAUGGUGACUGCACUAACUAAACAGUUGAUGGUGACUGCACUAACUAAACAGUUGAUGGUGACUGCACUAACUAAACAGUUGAUGGUGACUGCACUAACUAAACAGUUGAUGGUGACUGCACUAACUUAA